GGAUUGGGCCGGGCCGGUCCGGAUAUAGCUUCAUACUUUCAUUCCCACGCUUAAAAGCUCAAAAAUAAUACCCAGAUAACAAACAAACAGCAUCACUUUCACAUCACUGCUUCAUCACAAUUUCUCCCUCCAUCUCUCUCUCUCUAUCCUUCCCGGGGGACACAAAUGUCUUUUGACACCUACUGCGCAUACGUGUGGUUAAUUUUCCAUGCGCACUUGAUGAACCAGGGGAAGCUGGGGAGCUCUGGGUGGAUAAUUUUCCGCCACUGGACCUGAUAUCAAUUAGGAAUUUUGUUUUGUUUGUCAGCUAUUAGUUAUUUACACAAGAUUAUUAUUGGUUUUGAUAAAGUAUUGAUUGCUGGGCAUUUGAUUAGUUUUUUCAUGGCAAGAAAAUCUCUCGUUCCGGGGUUUCGCUUUAAUCCUACUGAUGAAGAAAUCGUCAUGUACUUCCUCAAGAGGAAGUUAUUGGGGAAGGAAAUCGCUUCCGACGUUGUUGCAGAGGUCAACAUAUAUGAUUAUUGUCCGUCAGAUCUUCCAGAUAAAUCGGCUUUGAAAAACGGAGACUUAGAAUGGUACUUUUUCUGCCCCAAAUCAAAAAGGUAUUCAACUGGUAGUAGAGCCAAUCGUGCCACUGAAACUGGGUUCUGGAAAGCUACUGGGAAAGAUAGAUACGUUGAAUAUAGAGGAAGAACCGUUGCAACAAUCAAGACACUGGUUUUUCAUCUAGGUCGUGCAAAAGACUGCGAAAGAACAAAUUGGGUAGUGCAUGAGUAUAGAAUGGCCGAUGAGCAAUUGGCUAAUGCAGGAGUUGUUCAGGAUACAUAUGUGCUAUGUAGGUUAUUUGAGAAAAGUGGUGCGGGGCCAAAAAAUGGUGCACAGUACGGUGCACCGUUCAAUGAAGACGAGUGGAAUGAUGAUCUGGUCAACAGCAUUGAUUCUCAAGCAAUUGUUGGUCUAGUUGAUGCUUCCAUUAUAAGGGAUGAUAAACAAAAGGGUCCAGCUACAACGGUCAUGACUCAACCAGGUUCAUCUAUUGUCACGUUUUCUGAAAAUGAGCCUACAAACAUGAUGAAUUAUAAGCAGAAAGGUCCAGCUACAACGGACAUGACUGAACCAGGAACCCUUGUUGUCACAUGUUCUGCAAACGAGUCUAUAAGCACACUGAAUGACAAGCAGAAAGGUCUAGCUACAACGAACGUGACUGGACCAGGUUCAUCUAUUGUCACGAACGAGCCUAUAAACUCUCUGAAUUACAAACUGAAAGAUCCAGCUACUGAACCAGGUUCCUCUAGUGUCAUGUUGCCUACCAAUGAGAUGCCUGCUAAUGAUGACAUGAUAUGUUUAGAUGACUUUGACAUGAUUAUGGAGGUGCCUGAGGGGGCUGCUAACGCUGAGGAAUAUGAUAGUAUUUAUGGUGACUUGGUGAAUUUGAUUGAUCUGGAGGAUUACAAUGGAAAGGCUACUAGUACCAAGACUGAUGAAGCUGAGUACGUACUUGUUGACAUGGUUGACGAACUCCAAGGAGCUGAUGAUGAUCUUGGUCUGGCAAAGUUUUACGUUGAUGACGAAACCUCCAAGUCAUGAAAACUACUGCCUCAACCGUAUUCUCUCUGUGAUGGAUCUGGUGGUCAAUGUUUGGUCUUAUUUACAGGAUCUUAACUGUGUUGGGUGUGUAUUUUGUAUUUUUAAAACGAAAAGAUAGUAUUAUUACAUUUGUGUUUGUAAUAAUGGUUAAUGCAUAAUGUUUUGAUAUUUGGCUGUUA